AUGUGGGCGCAACGUUCGCCCCCCAUGCGCCCAGACGAGCGCAGCGCAUCCAACGACCGCUCCCAGAGCUCCCCAGACUCGUGGGACGUCGACCCCCACGCACCUGAACCAGGCUUCAACGGCUUCGACCGCCCCAGAGAUGUGCCUCCGCCUCACCAUACUAUUCCGACGGAUCUAGAGGCCUUUGCGCUGCGUCAGCAGGCGCUUCCCGGGACCUUGCCGGACUCCAACAGCCUCAACUUCGAACUUGUCCCCGGCCCUUCCAACUACAACCACAUGAUGGGCGCCAUGGACCCGAGCAUGAACGCCUACGACCAGUACGCCACAGCCGCCACCACAGACCCAGCGCUGCUGGACGCCAACCUUUCCGACAUCCUCCAGGCGUACGGACAGUCCCAGAACGAUCUGCAUCCCCGUCCGAGCAGCCUGCCGGUGCCUGCUUUCCGCUCCGGCUCCUUUGACAGCUCGGCCGCCACGUCAGAAUGGCAAGGACCCAGCGGCGAUCCCUCCGACUCGGACCUGCACUCGCCCAAUGACCUUUCGGCAGAGCACGGGUCCCGCAAAAAGGUCGCGCGCAGGCAGGGAGUGACGUGCGACCAGUGCCGCAGCAAGCAUCUGAGAUGCGACCUCGACGACCGGAGGGCGUCUGUCAGCGAUGCGGCGCUGGCGACGGCCGUCGUUCCACGCAAGACGGGGCCGGGCAACAUCACGCAGCUCGUGCACGCCGUCAAGUGCUCACGAUGCGAGGAAAAGGGCUUCAUUUGCACCAAGACCCACGCGCCACCCUCUCGACGGUAUCCGCGGCCCAGCCGGACAGGCAAGCGCAUCGAGCAGGCGAGGAUGAUGCACGGGACGCUGGCCGCCGCCGAGGUGGCUAGUCGGACCCCGGCCGCGAGCCGCAUCAAUGCCUCGACCAUCCUGCUCAACGCCCUGGUCGAGCUGCGUGGCGCCGAGGUCCGCAUCACUGACCGCGUCAUGGCCGGAUCGCUGUCGCUGCAGCUCCUCAACUGCUUCUUCGCCAUUGCACACAUGCAGACGCCCGUCAUCGAGUUCGAUCAUUUUUCCUACACGUUCAACGCGAGCAACGGCGACCCGAGGAAGAUGUCGAUCAUGUCAAACGGAGGGUCCGAAGAGGAAGGCCUGCCAGCCGCGCUGCCGCCCGUCACCGGUUUGGGCGAACCUCACUGGCCAGGGACGAAAGACAGCAAGGUUGGCACUCCGGGAACCACCGAGGCGCUGAUCGCCGUGAUGCACGCCUGGGCCGCGCAUUACACCGACGUGCCCAUCGCCUUUGGCUCCGAGGCAAAGGAGCUCAACUCGCACGGUGUCCGCCUGCAGGAGAUGGGCGAGGAUGUCAACGGAUUCGCAAUCGAACCUGCUACCGAGCAGAGGCCAACGCAGCGGAGACCGAAGCGGAAGCAAGGCGUGGCCUGCGAUACCUGCCGGCUGCGCAGGGUCCGGUGCGAUCUGACGGAGCGCCCCGAAGGGCUGGGGUGCAGCCGGUGCGAGGACAAGAAGAUCAAGUGCACCGACGACUACAUCCAGUCAAAGAAGUCCAAGAGCAACAGCGGCAACAAGGGCCGCGGCUCGCCAGAGUCUUCGGGCAACGACGCCGUGGCAGAUCAGGGCAGAGCGGAGAGCGGCGAAGCCCCCUCGAACACCACCGACGGCUCAGACAAGCUGAGUCCGCGCCAGUGGAUCUCGUCGAAGCGCGAGUCAAUCAUGCGGGCCUAUCAGCCGGGCGACACUGCCUACAAUCUGCGACGUGGCAAGGCGAGGAAGGCCUUCUGCCACGCGCUGCUCAACCACGCCCUGGCGCUUGUCCACAAGCACGGUCUUCUCGAUAAGCCGAGCGUCGAGGCGGCGCAGGCGCUGACCUUGCUGGCGCCGCUGAUGGAUAUGGUGGACGCGGAUCAGGCCUUUACGAUCGCCGACACCGCCUGCUCGCAUCUCAUUGCCCUCGGCAUCGUUACCAGGCACGCCGUCAACGAGAGCGAUCAGCAGGCGGUCGAAGGACUGCUGUCCGGCAUGCAGCGGUCGAGGCUCUACCUGACGACAUGGUGCCGGGACGCCAUCGCUUCGGGCAUGAAUCGGCGCAGGCCCUACUUCAAGGACGAUCGCGCCAUCGAGGUCAUCAGCGAUCCGCAUCGCAGGCGCGAGUCGCUGUCGGGCGGCGGCGCCAACCCGACCGAAUCUGCACCUGCCGCUCGCGAAGCACCUGCCUCGCGUGGCGGUGAGGUGAUCCUCAGCGGCGAGAUGGGCCUGACUUUUGUCUUCAUGGCUCAGGUCCAGAUCGGCGCCCUGUCGCGCUUCAUCGCGGUCCACAUUGACCGGAUCGAGACCUCGAAGCCGUCGAUACCGCCGUGGCAGAGGCCUGCCGGCGCUGUGCUGCCGCCGGCAUCGACGUCGCCGCGGUUCCCGUCACGUCCCUCGUUGGUCGAGGUGCAGCGGCUGGAAAAGGCGUGCAACGCCGUGUGGCAGAGCAUCGACUCGUUGAUGCUCUUCUUUGACCGGUGCGCAGCCAAGGCGCGCCAGUCGAUGGACAAGGUCAAGCCGUUCCGCCCGCUUGGCUGGAUCGCCUCGACCAAGAUCUCGGGCAGCCUGCUGUACCUCACCGUGAUCCGGGUGCUGGGCGAGCGGUACAAGAUCAACGCGAGCUACAUGGCCGCGAUGGCGCAGGCGCACGGCAGCGCCAGCAUCACGCACGAGGACCGCGAGGUGGCCAAGAUGCUCAAGUCGCUCUUUGAUCGGGGCAUGCAGAAGACGCUGACGUCGUGCCGGCGCACGGCGCGGCUGGUCGAGGUGCUGUUGCCCCUGGGCGUGUUCCAGAUGGGAGGGCUGCUGCUCAAGCAGAUCUUCCCCGUCGCCCAGUUCCUGGCGAGGAUCCCGAGCAUCCCGGAUGACGCCGCCAACGCGGCCGACCUGGCAUCCCGCCGCGCUUCUCUGCAGGCGGGCGUCGUCUCGCUGACGGACCAGAGCUUUAUCGAUCCGCGCAACCUCAGCCAGCCAGUACCGGCACAGGCGCAGGCGCAGGCGAUGCACGGCGGCACCUCCUCCUCGCACGCAACGACGACGACGGCGACAUCGCUGCCGCCGGAUGGCGGCGGUGCGGGCGGCGGCGAGAGGCUUUCCAAGAUGGACGAUCCGUUUGAAGCCGCCGAUCCGGUUUCGAGGACCGAGCUGGGCCCGUUUACGCACACGGCCAAGCUGCGCGAGGUCGAGGCGUGCAUCGAGGGUCUCUCGCAGCUCGGGUACGCGUGGGAUACAAUGGGACGCGAGAUCGACGCCAUCCGCGGUAUCCUCGAGUCGCUCAAGCUUUGA